GAGAGAGAAACAGAGAGAUCGGAAGAGAGACAAAUGGGACGAGGCCGAGCUCCAUGCUGCGCCAAGGUCGGCCUGAACAAAGGCUCGUGGACGCAGGAGGAGGACAUGAGAUUGGUUGCUUACAUCCAUAAGCAUGGCCAUGGAAACUGGAGAGCUCUUCCGAAACUUGCAGGUUUGUUGAGGUGCGGCAAGAGCUGCAGGCUGAGGUGGAUUAAUUACCUUCGCCCAGACAUCAAACGAGGCAACUUCACCAAGGAAGAAGAAGAAGCCAUCAUCAAGCUACAUGGCUUGUUGGGGAACAAAUGGUCCAAGAUUGCAUCUUUGUUACCAGGAAGAACUGAUAACGAGAUCAAGAACGUGUGGAACACACAUUUGAAGAAGAGAUUGGCCUCGCCAUUCACAAUUUCUUCCUCCUCUGCCUCGUGCCACGAGCAAGAUCGAAGCAAGCCUGACAAAGAAGGAGAUUGCACUGAAAUUCUUAACUCGAACGCUUGUCUCGUCGACGGCGAGCUGAUCGAGAUCCCCAUCGACGCUAACAUGGACUUGUGGAGCAUGCUCGAGUACGAUAGCCACUCCAACAUAACGCCAAGCUCUUCCUCAUCGAUAGAACUAGUCAAGGAGAUGAACCCUGAUCCCCUCUCCCAAGAAGAAUUGGUCACCAGAGAUCAUCAACCUUUGAUUUCGGACGAAGUGAUCGAUCCAAACAUUUGGAGCAUGAUGAUUAAUGAGGACGAUGAUGCCUGUUCAUUUGCUCCGGAAUUGGAGAUCAGCAACUAUCCCUGCGAUAACUGGUUCGUGUGCUUGGAGGAGGAGCUUGGGCUGAGACCAGAGCCGGCCGGCAGCUACCAUGAACAGUGUCAUGUUGCUUUCGAUCAGGACCCUCCUCACCAUCCCUCUUAGAUUGCGUUGACUUUAGAGUAUCUUGAAAGAUUGACACGAUCAAGUUUGAAGGACGUUGGUCGACAUUUGUCAGCCUCUCAUGAAGUUAGUAGAAAAUGUAGGUGAUCAAGUUGGAAUCAUGCUUUUCAACAUGUUAAACUCCUUAGAAUACACGUCAAAAGA